AUGUAUAAUUCAUCGUUUUCUUCGAGCCGAGUCUAUGAUGGCAUCCUCCUACAUAAGCCCGCUGCCUGUUUACCUUCAAUCGCCCAUCAUUCCUCCCAACCGUCCUGCGAUACAGAUUCCAACUCAGGAUGCUACCAGCCCUUAGACUUCCAGACAACUGUGACGCAGUCUACUUCUGUGGAAUCCCUUCCUAUAGAAGACCAAAACAUAUUUUUAAAGGAGCCUUAUAGUCCUAAGGUACCGGACUUGCCUGUUGAAAAUUAUCAAGUUCAACUGCUGACGUCUCUUAGUGAAAAGGUCACUCCAGUAGACAAAACUGAUACGUUCGAAACUAAUGAGAGUAAAACGUGCGAUUUUCUUGUAACUGCAAUAACAUAUUCGCAAGUAGCAUCACCAUCCAACAAAAAUGUAGAGCGCAACUUUAAAAGAGUGGCUUCUCCUACUGAACACGUGAAAACAACAGGUACAGUGCCUGCGUUCAGUGCAAGCAGAGCCCGGGGCAAAGGCAGGGGCAAGUACAACGGAGGCCCCAUGAUUGUCACAGAGCCUCCAAUCGAAAGUGGCGCCGGCAUCCGUGUAUUAAGGGCUCUACGUUCCUUUCCUGGCUCCCAAGGGAGCAUGCAAGAAGAUGCUGAGGAGUUUCUGGGAUCUGCUGAAUUCUCACAACGAAGAGAUGCUUGGGAAGAGUAUAAGGCCGACAACAGUCAACCAAAUGCCGUCAUCUCACAAGAGAGCCAAGGAAAUGAUAGCAGAGAUAAUAGAUUGAAAGAGCGUCGUUGGGUGGCUGGUCGUACACCCAUUAGCGAUAUCUUCCGGGGUAACACUCGCAUGCGACUCAUUCACGCCUCUAAUAAUGAUGUCACCGAUCAUGUGCAAUCCUUCUACACGCUGCCGCUGGAUAUAAAGAUACGAUGCAAUGACGUUACUACGCAUUAA